AUGGAUGUGGCAUCCUGGCUGUCUUCCCUUGCGACGCCAGCGGAUGACGUGGAGACUCCAGAGAACCAGCCGGAAGGUCAGUGCGAUGCAGCCGCGCAGCCGGAAGCUGAAGCCGUUCCAGCGGCAGAGAGGGCUUUGGAGGAGCUGCUGAGCGCCGGCUUUCCGAAAGCCCGCGCAGAGGCGGCGCUUGCUGCGAGCGACGGUGAUUUGGAUGAGGCCCUGGCCGCGCUGGCUCGGAAGCCUCAAGACGACGGCACCAAGCUCUCCGGGCCCAAGGUUUCCGAGAGGUCGGCCAUGGAGGUGGAGGGUGUGCAGUGCAGCCUCACGGAUCACGGCGAGUUGGUGAUGUUGCUCCCUGGAGAUUCCCUGCGCCCUGGACCUGUCGUCGGGCGAAAGAAGCCGGAUGGUGGAGUCCUGUUUGAUGGCAUGGACGACUGGCUCUGGGAGCUCUACGAAGGACAUCGCCCACGACCAAGCAACCUGCCUGCUUCGUUCGACACAGCAGCUGCAGUGGCAGCUCUGGAGGAUGGAGCGCCAUACGUUUGGGACGAUUUCGCGAGCCUGGAUGAAAUCAAGGAGGCGAACAGCGCCCUCGAGGACAUGUUCCAGAGGCGGGAGCUGACGCGGGGUUCCAGCCUCUGGGUCGACGAGUGCGCGGAAGGUGGCCACGCCCGAAAUCGACGGGCUCUGGAGGGGCAGCGCCGCGACGAUGCCUGCGGCUUUUGGGAUGUGCAAGGCGGGGAGCCAGCGCCGCCGGCACCGAUCCUGCGGCUCUUCAAGCGCUUGGAGGCCGCUGCUGCCAGGCACGAGGAGCCUGGCCUCUUAUGCCCGACAGUAGGAACAAUAGUAGUAAUGUUGAUAAUAAUAGUUGCUACAGUGGUAAAUAAUACAAUGUGUCAGAUACUAGGGUUACUGCAUGGAUCACUGUGA